AUGCGCCGGGCACGCCUGCGCAUCGACCGGGAAGGUCUCGCCCCGGUUCAUAUAAUAUGGCCUUUACAGCCUGCCAUUGAACAAAAUCCGCGAUAUUCCGUGUAUGACCUCCUCAAGGACGUUAACAAAGCCUUCCCACUCGAAGAUGGUGCUUCUGGUCUUGAAGACUAUACUGUCGAGAUUGCUGGAUGUGAUUUAGUCCAUUACAUGCCCAUUGCUCAUCUAGUCGGCGAUAAGGAUGACAUAACAAUACGACCUCUAACUGCUACAGAAAUACGCGAACGUCGGAAAGGUGGCAGGAGGCAAAUUAGUAGCAUUGGAAGGGUGCUUCUCGACGGUGUCGCGCCUGGGAGACUCUUUGUGGAUCCUGCACGAGACCGCCCACUAAUCACGGGAAGCGAUCGUCCUGUAAAGCGACGUAAAAUUUCUAAUACCUUUACGGAUGAUGACAGUAGCGGUCAAGACAUCGAUACAUGGAAGCCUAUUACUACAUCUGGGAGACGAAGGGCACUAAGGUCGGCCUCCGGUAUUAAGAGUGUUCACUUCGAGAACGGUGAAGAAGACCAAGAGGAGGAGAUCGAUCACUCUUCGGCUAUGAUUCUGGCACCUGUGGCUCAAGAAGGGGACGACGACAAUGAAGAAGACGGGGAUUUUGAUCCAGAUGGAAAUGAAGACGAGGACCAAAGUGACGAUGAAAAUGAUGACGACGAAGACAACGAGGACGAGGACGAAGGCGAGAGCGAAGAUGGUGGGAGAGAAGAAGGAGCUUUUAGCUCUGAUGAGGAUGAGGAUGAGGGUGCUGAAUCCGAGGGGGAUGAAGAUCAAGAUGAAUUUGCUGCGGCGGCCGAUCUUGACAAGGUACUCAAGAGACUCUAUAGAGGAGGGAAAGAAUCUCAGGAGGAACAAGAGGGAACUGAUUCUAGUGAUGCUGCUGCUGCUGCUGAUGAUGAUGAUGACAGCGAUGACAGCGACGGCGGCGAAGAGGAUAGUAGCAACAGCUCGGAUUCAUCGAUUUCUUCCGACUCGGAUGAAGAAGAGGAACCCAGAUUCACUAAAGCCAGCAAAGUCAAAUUGAAGAACAGUAUCAACCAAAAAGAGCUUUCGGAUAGCUCUUCAGAGGGCUCUAGCGAAUCUGACGACUCCGACGACUCUGGUGGCGACUCUUUUCAAGAUUCAGAUUCUGGAAGUUCAUCUGAUUCGAGCUCCGAUUCUAGCUCAGACGACGACGAUGAUGAUGACUCUGGAGAAGAAGGGAAGAAGGAAACCAAAAGGGAAAAUCAGUCAAAUAAAUUAAAAAGAAAAGAAAGGUCCGCAGAAGCCGAAAAGCCAGAGGAGGUUUCAUCGAAAAUCGUUAUCAGCUCUCCCAAACCCCCCGGAGACCUACCACCGAUAGUUACGACAAAAAAGCCUUCAGCCGCCCGAAAUCUACUAGCAACUACCACCAGAACCCCGCUACCACCUUCAGUGACAGUUACAGAAGCUUCCCCAAACAUACCGCCAGUAACAGUAACAGCAAACCCUCCUUUUAAGGGGACUUCUAACACGAGGUCCCGGAACCAAAGGAGAAAGGACAGCAAGCGUUUGGAACAGCUUAUCCGAGAGGGUCAUCUACCAGCCGGAUCAACAAAAGAGGAUUUGCACAGAUACCGGGAAAGGGAAAACGAGGACAAUGGAGAGGUUCCAACUAUUAAGUCCGGGGUUGCAAGUGAUGUGGAUGUUGUGCUUCAGACCCAAAGCAAUACUAUUCAACCAAACGGCUCUCAAGAUAGUAGAAACUUGUCUCCUAAAUACACGCCCAUGGAACCUCUAGAAGUUGUCAUUGAGGAAUCAAAUGUUUCGCUUGGUGCCCCAAAUAUUUCAGUUCAGGGUUCAGAGUCUUCGAAACACUCUCAAGUUGACGAGUCCCCGCCAUUGCUGGCCGAUGCCAACAGACGCCGUCCCGGUGUAUCAGAUGCAACGAAGCGAACGUUACUGGGUAGCCUUGGCUUGAAACUACCGCGAAACCAAGCAGAAGACGAAAAGCAAAGAGAAGACUGGAAAAGAAAAAAUGCUAAACUCGUUGGAAAUAAGAGCAAAGGUUUCUUAGAUUCGAUGGCGGGCAAGGAGGGAGUCCACUCGCGGUUCGACGAGGAUGGCAAGGUUGCUAUGGAAGUCCCAGCUACACAAAUAGUCCCAGACGAAAACGCAUGGAAGCAAAAAAUCCAACUCUCCGCCGGCAAGAUGAGACGAACUUCGGCAAAAAAAUCAAAAAAUAAGAAAAAGAAGGGUAAAAAGAAUAAGCAUAAACAGCCUGAAGAAGAAGCCUACCAAGAAGAGGAAUGGAACCCAAAUUUCUAUGACGAUUCUUCUAUGCAAGUCGAUUCUGCACAACGGCCAGGACAAGUCGAGCGAAGCACGCAGGGCGCGGACGAGGCAGUCGAUGAUAUGCCACCUAUCCCCAAGAACCUCUCAGAUUAUCCGGCGAUCAAGCAACCAGUUUUGCCGGAGUCUAUUCUAGUUUUCAGAAAGCUUGUUUUUGAUGCUAACAACAACUAUGCGACCAGCUACAAGCAGGUUACCGCUAAAGUUCUGGCGAUUGAGGGCUCUAACAUCAUAUAUCAGCUCGCGAAGAGAGAUUGUCCGAAAGCAAUCUACGAUGAAGAAACAGGCGAGAGAGUUUUUGGGAGGUUCCAUAUGCCAGGAACGGAGGACACUGAAGGCAUCGAGGAGCUAGAACUUGGGUUGAUGUAUGAAGGGAGGGUGAUCAAGGAGGGUGUUGUAGCGACUGAGGAUUCUGAGGCUCUACUGGCGGAAGAGGAAAAAGAAAUUGACCGGGUUCCAGAAACAAUUCUGGAGGGUGUGAAUAUGACCAAGGAUAAUAUCAAGGCCCAAACUAUUUCACAAAAUCAAAGCGACGAUGUCAUUAUGCUGGAAGCCGAGGUUGCCCCAGCCCUCGUGAUCCCCAACGAUUCUAUUCAAUCUUCAAGUUUUCUUGAACCACCGUUCCAAACGAACGGUUCAGAUGGCAAUAUCGACACCGACGACGAUAUGGAUGAUAUUCAGGAGGACGAAGAUCCUGUCCCAGAAAGAAAAAAGCUGGAAGAGGGUCAUACUGUGCGUAGCCGGGCUUUACACGCCCAACCUAUCGCCAACGUGGAGGAUCAACAGCUAGAUUCAAGUGCGGAAGCCCAUAGAUACGAAGAUGCACCGUCCCAAGACAUGAUAUCACCAAACGAUCUUGUUCCAAAGAAAGGUCCCUCAGAGGUGCUGGAAACAGAAUCGCAAGCUUCGACAGCAGAAUCUGAGGAGCCAGUUGUUCAAGUCCCUGGGACACCAAGUUCGGGUGCACCUGGAUCACCGGUCCAAGACACAAGUAUUCAGCAUUGGGACCUAUCAGUAGACAUCUCUGCCCUGGACCCUAGUGAUGCUGCGAUUGUUGAGAAGAUGAUAAAGGUAAAAGAAGAGUGCCCCGAAGACCCUGAUCUGCUUAGGGAAGCCUUAAGGCCUUUCCAUCACCCCCCGGAAACCCAAGACGAAGUCAACGUAAGCGUUGAUAUUUCACCACCCGUUUCACCAAUUAUCAAAAAGGAACGCCUGAGUACACAAGAAGCCCUAGGAUCUCCAGUCACCCCCCUUAAGGAUAUCACCGGACGUUCAACAAAUGGCGACAAUGUCGAAUAUAGCGAAGAACCUCUGGAAGCGGAUGAUGGCGAUGGCAAAGAUAAUCUCACUCUCGGAUCUGGAUCUGGAAACCUUGGUAACGAAACAUCACCUUCCGCUGCCGGCGACUUUGCUCCAUUGAAGUCUGACAGUGCGUUUAAGCGGCGGCCAAAAGUCGGUGCUCUAUAUCGUAGGAAGCCACCGAGCCUGGAGCGCAAGGAGGCCAAGGAGGUCAAGGAGGCCGUUAAAGAAGAAUACGACGACAACGACGAUUUUGUCAUUCCUUCUACUAUGCCAGAGCGGUCCCUCGCCAGUGGCCGAACAGCCCUCAGUGGAAGAGCCAGCAGUGCAAGUACCACAUCAUCAAGAGAAACGUCCAAAAAGAAAGAACCCGAGUAUAUCACAAUCCUAAGUGACGAAGAAGAAGAAAGGUAUGGCUCAAGACCAAGUCUUGGAAUUAUGGGGGGCGCGGUUUCCACCAGGCGUGGGAAGGUUAAGUUGAAGCCAACCCUCCUGAAAAGGCCGGGCUCAAUGGGGGGUUCUCAAGGAUUCAGCUCGCAGCGGUCUUCCUCCUCGCAACCCUGA